GAUCACCUCUCUUGCCCUGCCUUGUUUGGACUACGUGACAUUUGUAGAUUUGGCAUGACGAACACACACACACCUGUUAUAAUUUCAACGCUCACGUAGUAGUGUUUCCGUACAGCUCUUAGUUGAACGCCGUCGCAAUAUCGUGAAACGGAUGCUGCCGUUACAGCUUUAAACAUAGUUUAGUAUAAUAUCUCGUAUAAUAUCUCGUCCUGCUCCGUCUGUGCUGUGAGCGUUACUAUAUUUUGGACAGUAGCAGCAGCAGAAUGGACUUCAUGCGAACUGGACACCUGGACACGUGGCAAACUCACGCCACGGCAUGGGCCCUAAGUCUUUCAGGCAUCACCUCCAAGGCGUCGACCCCUCCACCUAUCGUCUUCCCCCCAUUUCCUCUCCCGCUCCACACCCCCUUGUCACCUCCUCCUCCGCCACCGCCGCCACCGCCACCGCACGGCCCCCCGACGGUCCAACGCAGACGCUGCUUCCGGUUCCCCCGCCCGCGCUGGGACAGCGACGACUGCAACGACGAUGACGACGACGACGAUGACGACGACGAUAAUGGUGGUGGUGGUGGAUGGGGGUUCGUCAAGAGGUCACGACCUGGCUCAGCCUCGCCAUCGCUCGUUCCGAUGCACCACGUCUGGGUGUUGAACAAUUCGGAAGGCUACGGUGAUCUCUCGGCUUUCGCGCUCCGCCACCCUCCGCUGCCGCCACCGCCAUUACCGGCACCUCCACGGAUACCCGUGGGCAGCCCAGAGUCCUCGCAAACGAUUGGCACCGCUACUGUUGCGUCACGCAUCCUGCAGCAGCAGCAGGCUCGCCCGUCGGUGAUCGUGUGCGCUCCGGCAUCAAGUCGCGACUCGCGACGCGCUCAGCCGGCGCCCGGCGGCACACCGACAGCACCACGGAAUGGCGGCAUGGACGAACGUGAAGGGCGACCGGGAGGAGUGAGGAGGCCAGGGUGGCAGCGGGCGCUGCCUCUUCCUCCUCCUCCUCAGUCUCCUCCUCAGUCUCCUCCUGCUCCUCAGUCAUCUCCUCCUGCUGUCGACCUCACAGCCCCAAUGGCGAGGGCGACUUCCAUCGCAGGCUCGGUGGACGAUCACUUCCGCCAGUCCCUCGGAGACCUGUGGCUGCAAAUAAAGGCCACUGAAUCUGCCUCACCCCCGACCUCUGCUUCACCCAUUAUCUCUGCCUCACCUUUGACCUCUCUGUCACCCCCGGCUUCCGUUUAGCCUUUGACCCCACAGGGCUUAGUCACCGAUCUGAAUUUGUGACCUGGGUUUCACCUCCGACUUCAGGUUUUCCCCAAAUUGGGGCUGCGCUUAAAAUCUCCGUUUAAUCUUCGACCAACUCUUCACAUUGGACCCCUGUUUUACCUGUCACCCGUUUAGACCUAUGAGCAUUGUAUUAGCUGCUGAUCAUACCCUGUCUCGUAUUGGUCAGAACGAAUCACGUGUGAGGUUUCUUUCGAGGUGACAGCCCAUCAGCAACGUGUGUUACGAGUCACCUGACCGCCGACUCCAUCUUGAAUGACAGCGCCACAGAAGUGAGUGGUGUUCCGUUUGCUCCCACGAGCAUCGAGUAUUAACUCACCUGAACUUUUCUUUUGCCGAGCAAUUGAAGAAUAUUCCACAUUCCUAUGACGGCGACCAGGACAUCUACAGGACAACCACAAGUUCUGAACAAAAUGUUCCGGUCUUACGAGGUGGUUCUUAGUUUACUGAUUGCAGAGGAAAGAUGUUGAUGGCCAUGAUGACGAUGGAGCGGUGGGAUCUCUGUUUGGAAUUUUAAUUUGGGAUAAAAACAGUUCCAAGUUCGCUGCUUUCAUUUUCACCAGUGCCAACCCCAGCUUGGGUUGGACAGGUGUGAAUCAGAGCUCCAUGGCUCGUCGGGAUCUUCCAGCUGAACACGAAAUGUCUCGGUGUUUACCGUGGGUCCCAUGCAUUGCGGCUCUUGAAAUAUUGAGUUUUUUUUUUUACCGAAUUCGAAACAAAAUGGCUCUUAUUCUAUGGUUCUUUCGGUAAGGUCACGGCAAUUGAAAAAAAUAACAGUUAAAUAAUUAAAAGAAAGUUUUUGGUUUUGGCGACGUAUCACAUCUCGAGUUACCCGUGGUUACAGUUCGCUCUCGAUUUACCCGCGGGCAGAUUAUCCACUCUGUGGAUUCAAUCCUGCUCAUUCGCAACUCGUAACGCCCACUCCCUGUUCAAUUACAUUCUCCUCAUACUCUUAGUUCUUUCGGUAAAGUCACGUAGGUAAAAAAUGAAAUGAAAAUUAAUAAAAAAUAAAGUAAUUAAAUAAUUUUAUUAAUUUUCAUUUCAUUUCUUUCGGUAAAGUCACGUAGGUAAAGAAUGAAAUUAAAAUUAAUAAAAAAUAAAAUAAUAAAAUUAUUUUUAUUUUCAUUUCUUUCGGUAAAGUCACGUGGGUAAAAAAUGAAAUAAAAAUUAAUAAUAAAAAAUAAUAAAAUAAUUUUAUAAAUUUUAAUUUUAUUUUUUACCUACGUGACUUUACCGAAACAACUAAGAGUAUGAAUCCUUGCAGUCACGAAAGCUUCAAAUCUAGAAUUAAUACAUUCUCCUCACUCGUCGAGGGUCAGUGGCCUGGUGCCCACGUGAUCGCGGGCGGACGUGCGGGCCGGAUAACCGGGCACUUAAAAAACAAACACAUGCACGGCACGUCGUAGUCAAAACGCUUUAGACGCGUAUGUACCGUGCUUACGCAAAAUGUUAAAACAGACUUCCGUGGUGUGGUGCAAUGUUUACAAAGUGCCAGCAGCUCAUUCGUGCCAGCCCAGAUCUUUGUGUAAGAUGAUCUAAGCUGCUGCCACGUCACUGGCAGACAGGCAGGCAAACCCGUCGUCUUUGAAACAAUAAUUGACGCGAGCUUUGAAUAAUCCCUUGUUUUUUGGUUGAUCAGGCCCAUGUCCCGCUCGACAUCCAUCAACUGCAGAUGAUCGAGGGUUAACCGUACAGGAUGCACGAAUGACAUCUCGAUUUGUAGGCCGCGGGUUACUUGAAAGUUUGUCUCGUGACAAACUGGCUCGUAACGAGAGAGCAGUCGGAACUUCAUUAGACCUCCUUUGCCAGUAAGUGUAGAUGUUCACCCCGAGCCCUCAUUACUUUGAUAGUGCAUUGUCUUUGAGCUGUACGCCUUUUGACGUCCUCUGGUCGAGCACCAAUUGGGUCGAGGCUCAAAAGAAAGCUGUCUCUGGUGUGGACCAAUCAGUUUCAAGGACAAUGCAUGUAUUAUCAGUGUGUUUUUUGUUUGCAUUUUGACUGCAAUUAUUGUGGUUAAUGCAGACAUGAAUCCUUGUUAAAAGGUUUCAGUUUUGUUGCCAGAAAAAAAAAGGGAAAAAACCCCUAUUAUUACAGUCGGAACUUGUGAACUCCCAUCGAAGCGGGCCGGUGACGAAUGCUCCGACUGGCUUGGCCAUAGUGGCUCUUGAAGAGACGUUACAACAAGUAGCGAAUGGCAGUGCUGCGGUGUGAACUUGUUUAAAGAGGGGUGAUUAAAACUGUUUUUUUAUUUCGCCAGGCAAGGGCUCACUGAGCUAUUUAGCUCUUUUUCAGAAGCGACCUGGCCACAAAUAGUAGCUCAACGAAGUGGAUUAUCAUCACGUGGAAAUGUAGAGCAUCAACAUACUCUAAAGGCACGCUGUUGAUUCUAAAUGUGGAGAGAAAAACCGGAGGACCCGGAGAAAAAUCCACGCGACCACGGGGAGAGAGAAACCGCAAACUCUAAAUAUACGGGCGUUAGGGUCGGGUAUCAAACCCACGACCUCCUGCAUACCUGGCGAAGUAGUUAACAUCUCCUAGCCACCGUGGGUUAGUGGUAGGGGCACAACAGAAUCAUUGUCAAACUUUAAAACGGAUCGAGUAACGAUGUGGUCUGCUUGCGUUUACCGCGCGUUUUGCCCAAGGUCUCUCGAUCGCCCUCUGUGUACCGUAUAGAUAUAAGGAAAUACUCGGAUGCCCAUUUGCUAAAUUUUAUUACAAAAUUUCGCACGGUGUCUAACACCAAUGGUUUAUAUUUGUACGCGUUUGGUUUCUGGCAACAAAAACCACCAGCGGUUCCUGAAGAUACUCUCUGGUUCUUUCGGUAAAGUCACGUAGCUACAAAAUAAAUUAAAU